AUGAGGCUAUGGAAGAGGGCUUCCGGCGCUUUGAAGGACCAAAACAGCAUCUGGCAGGCCCAGCUCUCCCGCCGCACCGCCCUCCGCCACCCCGACAUCCAGAAGGCCGUCAUCCGCUCCACCGCCCACUACCACCUCUCCUUUGACCGCCGCAACAUCGACCGCGUUUGUGAGUGGAUCCGCAUUUCGCCCUGCAACCUCAGGCCGGUUCUCUGGUCCCUUUCCCACCGCAUGCACAAGACUAGAAACUGGGUGGUUGCCCUCAAGGGUCUUUACCUCAUGCACAACAUCACCAACAGCCGUCUCCACUGCGUCAGGCAUAUUGGCAGGCUCCCCUUUGAUCUUUCCGGCUUCAGUGACGGACAAGGCCGGCAGGCGAAGAUGUGGCCUUUCAACGCCUUCAUCAGAGCUUAUUACGCGUUUCUUGAUCAGAAAUCGGCUGUCAUUUGCCAGCAGGCGGAGGAGAAAUCAGUUGACGGAGAAGGGUUCUCCAUCAGGCAUGAGCUCAAGCACCUCCUGAGGUUGCAGUCUUUGAUUGACCUGCUCAUGCAGAUCAGGCCACAGGCCACGGCUGCCUUCAUGCCCCUCGUUCUUGACGUCAUGGACGGGCUCAUAAUCGAGAUUUACGAUCUUUAUAGCAAGAUUUGCAGAGGGAUCGCUAUCGUUCUCUUGAAUAUUUAUUCGGGUGGUAAGGCUGAGGCAAGCAUGGCGCUCAACGUCGUGCAGAAGGCCAUCCAACACGGCGACGAUCUCUCUUACUACUUCGAGUUCUGUCAAAAGAUCGGAGUCGUGUACGCCUCUCAGUUCCCGGUUAUCGAUCGGAUACCCGAAGAGGGAAUUAAUGAACUGAAAGAGAUAAUCAAGAGUUUCGCGGAGGGAUCGUAUGUGGAAGAAUCAAGACAAAAUGAAGUCCGUAAAGGGAGUGUUGAUCAGGCUGAUGAGAAAAACCAUACAAGCAGUGAAGAAGAGAAGUAUAAUUUCUAUGGGGAUGAUGAGUUUAGGACAAUAAUCACUGACAAAUGGGAGAGUUUUGAAGAUGAUUUCAUGUACAAGAAUCCCUUUGGAAGCCCUUUUCUGACAUACGUACAAGGUAGCAAACAUCAAGAAGUCCCGGACAUGAUCACCUUCUUGUAA